AAAACUUUGAUCAGAGCCCACUGAAGAGGACCUUUAAAUCCAAAGUGCUCGCCCACUACCCAAAGAACAUUGAGUGCAACCCAUUCGACCAAGAUGCUGUUAAUAUGCUCUGCAUGCCCAAAGGCCUAUCAUUCCGAACUCAACGUGACAGUCGCGCCCCACAGUUCCACUCUUUCCUCAUCACCAGAGAAGAUGGUUCUCGCACUUACGGUUUCGUCCACACCUUCUACGAGGAGGUCACGAGCCCUCAGAUCUGCUCCGCCAUGCAGACGCUACACCAGAUGCACCAGGCGGAGCACAACGCAUCUGCCCACAACUGCCCUUCCGCAUCCUCUUCAUCCCCUUCUUCCUCAUCAUCUAGUAUGGACUCUCUAGCCAGCAGCCUGGAUGAGGUCGAGUCUCCUACCUCGGCACAAGGAAGUCGCAGGAACUGCGGCUGCUCAGGCGAAGGCUACGACUCAGUCCGUGACACUCUGUAUGUGUCAAAAGCCAUGUGUCUGAUCACGCCCAUGCCCUUCAUGCACGCAUGCAAACGGUUCCUGUCACAGCUCCAUCAUGCCGUCACCUCCAAUCAGCCACCUCCGCUCCCUUUGGAGAGCUACAUUUACAACAUACUCUACGAAGUACCGUUGCCCCCGCCCGGACGAUCUUUAAAGUUCCAUGGUGUGUACGAACCCAUCCUGUGCCAGAGGCCUGGCGCCGGAGAGCUACCAUUGGCCGAUUUUCCACUGGGCGAGGCCUUCCGGUUAUUGGGGGUGGAAAAUCUGGUGCAGCUUUUCACCUGCGUCCUGCUGGAAAUGCAGAUCCUGCUUUAUUCACAGGACUACCAGAGGCUGAUGGUGGUUGCGGAGGGAAUCACAACGUUACUGUUUCCCUUCCAAUGGCAGCAUGUAUACGUGCCCAUCCUUCCCGCGUCCCUGCUGCACUUCCUGGACGCCCCUGUGCCCUAUCUCAUGGGCCUGCAGUCCAAAGAGGGCACGGACCGCUCCAAACUGGAGCUGCCUCAAGAGGCGAACCUUUGCUUUGUCGACAUUGAUAACCACUACAUCGAGCUGCCCGAAGAUUUCCCGCAGUUUCCCAACAAGCCCGAGUUCAUUCAGGAACUGACUGAGGUGUUGCUUAGUUUUGGUCUAUCUCCAGAAGGAGGCAACACCUCCCCUGCUCCAUCCAUCGCCAAGCAGACCUCCACGCUAGAAACGGAGCUGAAGAGCGUGUCUCUGAGCGAACUCGUUGAUGACAAGAGGAACGGAAACCUUGGAGGUGAAGCUCUGGAUGUUUUGGAGCUUCUUCAAGGCAACCCAACGUUGGAGCGUCUGCAAGCUCUGGCCAAGAGGACUGGCGUGAAAGUGGCCCGCUUGGAGGCGUUGGCUGCAGGGCAGAAAGCCGUAGGGGAAGAGAGUGUGGGAGGAAGAUCUCCCAAAGAGGAACAGGAGCUGCGAAACGCAAAGUUGAACGUGCAGCUAAGGGAGGUGUUUGCGGCACGCUUUGCAACGAUGUUUGCGGACUAUGAAUCGUUUGUGAUCCAGAACUCGCCAGAUCUGGAGUCCUGGCUGACCAACAGAGAGCAGAUGCACAACUUUGACAAGGCCUCCUUUCUUUCAGACCAGCCUGAACCGUACUUGCCCUUCCUGUCCCAUUUUAUUGAAACGCAAAUGUUUGCCACCUUCAUCGACAACAAGAUCAUAUCUCAGUGGGAAGAGAAAGAGCCCCUCUUACGAGUCUUUGACGGACGAAUCGAGAAGGCACGUCUCUACAAUGUUCGUGCCCCCAGCCUGCGAUCCUCUAUCUACCAGAAAUGCACUUUCCUCAAAGAGUCAGCCCAGGCAAUAGAGCAACGGCUAAGGAAGAUUGACCACACGGCCAUCCACCCUCACCUGCUAAAUAUGAAGAUCGGGCAAGGAAAAUACCAACAGGGUUUUUUCCCUAAACUGCAGGCGGAUGUGCUCGCCUCAGGACCGACUAGCAACAAGUGGUCCAACCGUACAUGCUCAACCCAGCGCAAGGUGGACCGACACAGACAACCGAACGACCAUCUUGUUCUAGACAAUGACCUCAAAGAGAAGUACAUGCAGGAAGCCCGUAACCUGGGGAAGAACCUGAGACAACCCAAACUCUCAGACCUGUCUCCUGCAGUCAUCGCUCAGACCAACUGGAAAUUUGUGGAGGGCUUACUGAAAGAAUGCAAAAUUAAGACCAAGCGCAUGCUGGUGGAGAAGAUGGGGAGAGAGGCUGUUGAAAUGGGUCAUGGAGAGGCAAACAUCACGGGCCUUGAGGAGAACACGCUCAUAGCCAGCCUGUGUGACCUGCUGGAGAGAAUAUGGAGCCAUGGACUUCAAGUCAAGCAGGGGAAGUCUGCAUUGUGGUCACAUUUAUUGCACUACCAGGCAAGAGAAGAAAAGAACGAACUGCAGUCGGAGUCUCCGGUGUCUAAUAGUCAAGAUAAACGAAAGCCGGAGUCUAGUGUCGGUCUCCCUGCGCUACGCGUAUCACUGAUACAGGAUAUGAGACACAUUCAGAACAUGGGGGAGAUUAAAACCGAUGUAGGUCGAGCACGUGCAUGGAUCCGUCUGUCUCUGGAGAAGAAACUACUUUCCCAGCAUCUGAAACAGCUGCUGUCUAACCAGACUUUAACCAAGAAGCUGUAUAAGCGUUACGCCUUCCUGCGCUGCGAAGAGGAAAAAGAGCAGUUUCUGUUUCAUCUCCUGAGCCUGAACACUGUGGACUACUUCUGUUUUACCAGCGUCUUUACCACCAUAAUGAUUCCAUACCGGGCUGUCAUCAUUCCCAUCAAGAAGCUUAGUAAUGCAAUGACAACAUCGAACCCCUGGCUGUGUGUAUCCGGUGAGCUGGGCGACUCCGGCAUCCUGCAGAUCACAAAGAACGUUUUGGAAAUGACGUUUGACUGUCAGAAUAUCGGGAGGUUGACAACAGUGCAGCUGGGUCACGAUAACUCGGGCUUGCUCGCCAAGUGGCUGGUGGAUUGCGUCAUGGUCCGCAAUGAGAUCACUGGACAUACAUACAAGUUCCCUUGUGGUAGGUGGCUGGGGAAAGGUGUUGAUGAUGGCAGUCUUGAGAGGGUUCUGAUAGGUGAACUUGUAGUACCGUGCAACGAUGAAGAUGGGGGGCGGACUCCACCCCUUCAGCGAUCUCCUUCACAGAUUCGACGAAUCAGCAUCACAUCACUUACAGGCCGCGGCAACAAACCAACAACAGUUCAGAUACAGGAAUCCAUCGGUGAAGCAGUAAACAACAUUAUAAAGCAUUUCCACAAACCAGAGAAAGAGAGGGGCAGUUUGACGGUUCUUCUGUGUGGUGAAGGUGGUCUUGUUUGGGCUCUGGAGCAAUUCUUUCAUCAUGGUUUUCGUACGGCUCGACUGUUUCAGAAAAACGUCUUUGUGUGGGACUUCUUUGAAAGGGCAGUGGCGUUAAUGGUAAAUGCAGAUCACAUUGAAGACAUACAGGAGACACCCGAGCCUCUCAGUCUGACUUGUGAAUCUUUUUGUCGCUAUGUCAAUGCCAUUAACAAUAUGCCACGCAACAUCGGCAAAGACGGCAAAUUCCAGCUGUUGGUUUGUCUCGGGGCAAGAGAUCGAUUGUUGCCGCAGUGGCUCCCCCUACUGGCUGAAUGCCCCGUCAUCACACGCAUGUAUGAAGAGAACGCAUUACUGAGAGACAAGCUCACGGUCAGCUCCGUCGUCGCCGUCCUGCAGACGGUCAACGACUUCCCCAUAACGCUGGAGACUUCUCUUACAAAAUGCUUUGAACUUUAACUUGGGAUCUCUGCCCCGCUCUGCUGCCACCCUUUGGGCCAAGCCGGACCCAAAAGUUACUCUGCCCACUGCGCUCUCCAUCUGAGGAAAGGACCGAGAGCUUAUCAAUGCUUUUUAAGUCUCCUACGUCCCCACAGAAAUGAAACACUGAACUUCAAAAAAUGUGUUGGGAGUGAAAGCAGUUUUAAGAAUAAUUCCUGACUUUUGCUUUCAAAUUCGUCUCAUCUGCGAGCGCGUGUGAAGACUAGUCUAGCGCUUCUGCUUCAUCACGUGCCAUCUUGGGAAGCAUGUUUUUGGCAACAAGCAUUUGUGAGCGGCUUGCUGUACCUGCUGAAUACUGACAGAUUAUUUAUGUCCUAAACAUUCAAUACUGGUUUUAUUAGAUACUUGAGAGUCAGACGUCAAGUGAAAUGACUUAUUUUUAUUUGUAAAUUGAUGUAUAUUAGUUUAAUACGUAUACGCUGACGGAGUAAUAUUUUCACUGCAGAGAAACGAACUGGGAAUUAUGGACAUGCAGUAUGCGUUACAAGAUGUGUUCAUAUGUCUGAUAGUGUUGUGUGUGUAUGCGUGUCGGUUAGGUGAGUGUGUGAUAAAUAUGUUUAUUUUGCCAAUGAGUAUUAACUUCAUAAUUUUAUUCAGAAAAACACUGGAAAUCAUCACAAAGCAAUAACAUGGCUCUUUUAAACUUUGUUUGUUGCCACCUUGGAGACUUGGAGAACACUUUAAGAUUAUUAAGCAAUUAAUUGAGGGGUGCUUUAAUGAAACAUUCAAGUCCUACUACACACCACUAAUUGAAGGACUGUGAAAAUGCGUUGUUAAUCUUUUUUUGCACAUCUCUUAUAAAUCACCUGUGGUUAAAACAACCCUGUGUUAAUGUUCUUUUGAUGCACCUGUUUAAAACUAAACCCACGCUGAGAGAAAUUAAAUGAGUUGUUACAGACUGUCUCUAAGCGGCUAUGAAUCACUUUGCUUUCACUGUUGCGUAAUGUUACAUGAGUUUUGCUUUUUAAUGUGAAAUCUCAGCAUUUGAUCGAAGAGCUGUAUGUGUGGGUGAUUGCAGGUACAUUUAGUCAUUAUUUUAGUUUUUUCAAAUGGUUAUAUCUUUAAAGGAAUAUUCAAUUUCCUAAAAAGAAAAAUCCAGAUAAUUUACUUGCCACCAUGUCAUCCAAAAUGUUGGUGUCUGUCUUUGUUCAGUCGAGAAGAAAUUAUGUUUUUGAAGAAAACAUUGCAGGAUUUUUCUCAUUUUAAUGGACUUUAAUAGAGCCCAACAUUUAAUACUCAACACUUAACUGUUUUUUUCAACGGAGUUUAAAAGGACUCUAAACGAUCCCAAACGAGGCAUAAUGGUCUUAUCUAGCGAAACGAUUGUCAUUUUUGACAAGAAAAAUAACAAAUAUGCACUUUUAAAGCACAACUUCUCGUCUAGAUCCGGUCGUGAUGCGCCAGCGUGACCCCACGCAAUACGUCGAGAGGUCACAGAGGACGAACGCGAAACUCCGCCCCAGUGUUUACAAGUGUUGAGAAAGAGGACCGUUCCGACGUUGUUGUAUGUGGAAUGAUACUAAUUAAUGUCUUUGUGUCAGUUUAUUGUUUACAAUGGUCCGCAAAUGUGCGUUUCAUAUAUGUAACACGUGACCUCUGUACGACACUACGCAUUUACGUUGGGUCACACAGGAAAGGACAUAGACAAGAAGUUGUGGUUUAAAAGUGCAUAUUUGUUAUUUUUCUUGUCAAAAAUGACAAUCGUUUCGCUAGAUAAGACCCUUAUGCCUCGUUUGGGAUUGUUUAUAGUCCUUUUAAACUCCGUUGAAAAAACUGUUAAGUGUUGAGUUAAGUAUUAAAUGUUGGGCUCUAUUUAAGUCCAUUAAAAUGAGAAAAAUCCUGCAAUGUUUUCCUCAAAAAACAUAAUUUCUUCUCGACUGAACAAAGAAAGACAUCAACAUUUGGAUGACAUGGUGGUGAGUAAAUUAUCUGGAUUUUUCUUUUAAGAAAAUAGAAUAUUCCUUUAAUUACUUGAAUAAUUUAGUACUUAUUAUUAUGGAUAACAAGAUGUUACAUGCCAUAACAAUCAAAUAUUUUCUGUCGAAUGUGUCUUAAAAUCAUGACUUCCUGUUGUUUGAACUAGUCUGUGUCAACUCUGUUACUGUCAAACUCUGUUACCAAUGUAGACUAACAGAGUUGACGGUAUAUAACAGAACUGACAGUCAUACACAGAGAUUCUCUCUGUGCCCCCCCACAUAUACAUGACUCGCUGUCAACACUGUUACACUCUGUCACAGAGUGUAACAGAGUUGACACUGACUCAUUUGAAAAAAUAAAAAACAAACAGGAAAUCAUGAUAUUUAGCAAUAUAAGACCCUUAUUAUGGGCUGUAACUUAACUGUAAUGACAAUGAGUACCAAAUAUAACCAUGUGAUAAAAGGAGCGAAAAUAAUGACUGUAAUAAAUAAGGUACUUGCAAUUAUAUAAUCACCCGUGUGCAUGCCAAAGUGGCACGUAUUCAAAGUGUAUUUUAUUUCUUUUAUAAUGUAUUUAUUUCUUGGCAAAUACUUUCGUUACACUGGUUGGUUAUUGGAACUAAUUGCAGGGUGAAUUAAUGCAUUAAUCUGGCACUGUAUCAUUUAUUUAUUUUAUUCAAAUUACAUUGGGUUAAAUGUGUUUCAUUUUGUAAGUCCAUCGUGUGUCGAGCCCACAAAAUGUUUAAGUUGAUGAAAGGGAAUCCUUUAGCUGGACAAAGCCACAUACACAGAUUGUUUCUGAUGCAUGCUACAUGUUUUUGAUCACGAAGAACCACUGUUCCUGUAAAUGAAUUUGUUACCCAUUUUGGCUCCUUUAUAUCCUAUUUGGGAAUCAUUCCAUUCUGGUUAAGUUUUUUGUUUUCCUGUAUGAGAUAACAUUUCCUCAUCAAUCAUAUUGUUAAAACUUUGUGUAAAGUGGGUUUCUGUUGUUUGUAGUUUGAAGCAACUCAUUAAAAUUGCUCUGAAUGUCUGUA